AUGGCUACGCCAAGCCUCAUACUACCGAAGGAACUACCAUAUGAAUUUUUGAAGAAAAUCACGGAUGACUUCUCAGAUGACCGUAAAAUUAGUGAUAGUCCAUUUGGAAUACUUUAUAAGGGAAUUAAUCCAGAUGAUGGCAAAGUGAUUGCUGUGAAGAAACUUCAGGAAAACGCACCGAUGCCACCUAACAAAGCAUUUGCGCAAGAGGUUCAGAAUGUUAUGGCGCUCAAACAUGAUAACAUAGUACAGUUGGUUGGAUUCUGCAGUGAAACAACAAAGAGAUUGGUGCAGUUUGAUAAAAGAUAUAUCCAGGCAGACAUUACCGAAAGUUUAAUCUGUUACGAAUAUUUACCCAAUGGGAGCCUUCAAAAGAAUCUUUUUGGAACCAAAGGUGACCAGGUUGUCUCUUCGGUCAACCCUAUUAUUGAUUGGGACACACGCUUCACAAUAAUCAAGGGGAUCUGCCAUGGUUUACGUUUUCUACACAAGUUGGAUAUUCCUAUCAUACAUAUGGAUUUGAAGCCUGAAAAUAUACUUUUGGAUGCAAAUAUGGUGCCAAAGAUCGCAGACUUUGCACUUUCUCGGGUAUUUGGCCAAGAACAAACACGAUUGUGCACACAAACAGUUGUGGGAUCAUAUGGGUACAUGGCUCCAGAAUAUUUAUAUAGAGGUGAAAUCUCGGCACAAUCAGACAUAUAUAGUUUAGGCUUGGUGAUAAUUGAGAUCACCACCGGAGAGCAGAAUUGCCCUGAAAAAGACCAACCAUCUGCAAGAAAUUUUAUUGAUAAAGUACGUGAAAAGUGGACAGAGGAGCACAUAGCAUCCAAGUACCCAUCGUUAGGGUAUGGUUGCCUCCAGCAAGUAUUAGCAUGCAUCAAUAUUGGGCUGAAAUGUGUUGCAAUUGAUCGGAAACUCAGACCUUCCAUUGUCGACAUUGUUCACAUGCUCAAUGGACUAGGUUCAAGAUGA